CAGCACCAAAACUGUAAAGAAAUGGGUCAAUCAAACGGACUUGAACAACAGGAUGCUGAAUUCAUUGAUCAGAAUCAGGACAAGCUCAUCCAGAGAGCCUGUGGUGUAGAUCCCAUCCUGGACCAGCUCCUGGGUUUAAAGGUCAUUAACGCUGAGGAAUACAGUGACAUCCAGGUGGAGAGAACAUCUCAGGAAAAAAUGAGAGCUUUAUUAAUGGGUCCAAUGAGGGCAGAUGGAGAUUCAGGAAAAGCUAAGCUGUACGAGAUCCUGAUGAAGGAGCAGCCACACCUGAUGGAAGAUCUCCAAGCUGCUUCUGGAAAUGUGCGUUAAACUGCAGAUUCUUCCUCAUGAGUCUGAACAUAAAUUUUUUAAUCUGGGAAAGUAUAGUAAACAAAAAAUAAUAGAGCCUCCACAGAUCCCCCAGACUCUUCUGGACCUUCUAUUUGGCUUCACCUUGCAGUUCCAAAGCUUUUUAAUAGGGUUUAAAUCAAGGAACUGGUGGUACUGGUACAUCAUUCUGCUUGUGUGGGAUUUGGAUUCAUGUGUGGGAUAACUUAUGUGUCUUAUGUAUUAAACUGUACUUUCUGUGUGUUGACUCAUGAGUAAAUUUUACUUUAAAUUGGAACACAAGCGUCUU